UCUUUUUAAAUGAGGAUUAAGUAGUUAACGACGAGCGCACACACAGAGAGAGAGAGAGAGAGAGAGAGAGAGAGAGAGAGAGAGAGAGAGAUUCGUUGGAAUAUCACUAAACUGCUAGAGAGAGUAAUUAUAUGUGUCCUGCUCGCUUGGCGCGAACGCGUCUGGACGCGCGGUGCGUGCGGUGCGCUCGCAGACAGCGCGAUACAUACAGUGUCGCCUUUUGUAGAGUGUCGCUCCCGAAAGAAUCAAUGCAAAUACACGGAAAAACGCGUCCCGGUCUGCUGAGCAUGAGGCGGUGCUGGUCGUUUGACAGUGAGCCGAUCAGUGUUUCCCAUUAAUAAUAAAUAAUGGAUCUAAACCAUGGUGCAACUGAACGUCUGUAACGUGAAACGCGCUGGACCUGAUUGCUUAUUGCUUUCACUUUAGACAAAAGAUCGGCGCAGCCAAACACAAUUACGGAUGCUGUUGAAGACUUCUCAAAUGUUUUGGUCGAUUGUAAGUGUUGGUCGUCUUUGAAGGAUAAUUAUAGACAUUGACUGGAUGCAGAAGGCCGUUCUCCAAUGACCUGUCACUCAUCCGACUCCACGGAAAGCAUCGAGAAUGAAAGGAGAUCGCAAGCAGAAACCCAAGUCGCGGAGUCCGAACAGAGUCGCAUUGCCACUGCCAUGAGAGACCUUAAAAACACUGGCUGGUAUUGGGGCAGCCUGACAGCCAAUGAAGCCAAGGAGAUCCUGCAGGACACGUCGGAGGGGACGUUUCUGGUCCGAGACAGCUCUCAGAGGGACUACCUCUUCACCAUCUCCGCCAUGACAUCUGCGGGACCCACCAACCUACGAAUCGAAUACAAGGACGGCAAGUUCAAGCUGGACUCUGUGGUGCUGGUCAAACCCAAACUCAAGCAGUUCGACAGCGUCGUCCAUCUCGUGGAGCACUAUGUGCAGCUGUCCCGGACGUCUUGUAAGGGCAGGACUACGCCUCUCGCCCCAUCCAACGGCACCGUGCAGCUGCUGCUCACGACUCCGGUGUACACAGCCACACCGUCUCUGCAGCAUUUGUGUCGUAUUGCCAUCAACAAAACCACACGGCGGGUACAAGAACUGCCUUUGCCGAACCGGCUGAAGGAUUACCUGACAGACUACACUUAUAAUGUAUAGAACCAGAUGGACAAUGAUGACCAUAAGUGCUGAGGUUCUAUGGAUCAUAUAGACCCAGUGACAACGGGGUGCUGAUGUCCCGUUUAGGAUCAUUUGCGGGAUCCCUCAUCUUGUGCCCAAGGACUACUUUAAAACGAUAGUUCACCCAAAAAAAAUAAGAAUCUGUCAUGAAUUACUCACCCUCAUGAUGUUCCAAACUUGUUUGACAUUCUUUCUUUCUUCUGUGGAACACAAGAGAAGAUAUUCCAAUUUUGUUCGUAUGAUGAAAGUCAAUGGGGUCCAAAAGAACACUACUCCUUUGACUCUCAUUGUAUCAGCAUUUUUCAAAACAUAUUCCAUUUCCAGAUUUGGUGAGUAAACAAUGACAGAUUGUACAUUUCUGGCUGAACUAUCCCAUUAAUACGCAGAAUAUCGUAACAACGUUAAGUGUCCUUCAUUGCACACUUAACAAGUUUACGGACUGUAGAUAUUCUACAGUCAAUUUUUAAUAAGCGACUGAGCAGCAUCUAUGAGGAGCAUUGGCCUGCACUGACAUCUGUGGGUUUCUACCUGUAAUACGCACAUCAGAUAUACAGCACGCCUCACGGUGUGACCAUGCGUCUCUUUUAAAGAAACACUUUCACACAAAAAUGAAUAGCUCAACCUUAAACUCAAUGCUCUUUAUUCUGUAGAACAUAAAAGAAGAUAUUUUGAAGAAUCCUGCAGCUGUCUUUGUCCAUAUAUCGAAGUCAAUGGUGUCCAAAAAGUACACUCUUAAAAAUUAAAGGUUCAAAAAGGAGUUUUGCAGUGAUUCCAUAAACGAACCAUUUUGGGCUCCCCAAAGAACCUUUCAGUGAACAGUUUUUAAAGAAAAAUAUUUUCAAAGAUCCGUUUUUCCACUAUACUAUAAGAACUGAAAAAGGUUCCAUGGAUGUUAAAGGUUCUAUGUGAAACCAUACAAAAGAGCCCUUAUUUUUAACAUGAAGUAAAUCCAUACGACUCAUCUGGCAUAUUCUAAAUAAGGAUUAUUUACUCUCCAAUCACCGAUCAAAGCACACAAACUCAGACCACAUUUACUAUGGUGGCACAAACAUCCACUGAUGUCAAACCUCAUUUGGAUGUUAAUUGAUGUUUGAACUAUUUUCUUUCAUGUUCCACAGAAGAAAGCAAACCAUAUGAGUUUGGAACAACAUGAGUAAAGGAUGACAGAAUAUUCAUUUUUGGGUGAGCUAUGGUUUUAUUGCAGCAGGUGUCUGAGAUGUUCUGCAUCCUGUGUUUGAGACAUGGGAGUUUUAAACUGUAUGCUUUUUGACUAUGUUUUAUUUGCUCAUUAUCCAUGUUAUAUUUUUGUACUGUAGUCAUAGAUGAUCAUUUGAUGUCAUGGUUGCCCAAGGAACUGCUGAGAACUGGCAAGUACCUUGCGAUAUCAUAUACUGUAUAUCCCAAUGUCAUCAUGAUAACGUAAUACCUACUGAAAAAUUACAUGAAAAAAUAGUCCUUUUAAAGUCAAUUUGAAACAAAAAAUGUAUUAAACAUACACACUACCAUUUGAAAGUUUGGGGUUAGAUUUUUUAAUACUUUAAUUCAGCAAGGACACAUUGAAUUGAACUAAUGUGUCAGUAAAGAUAUUAUAAUGUUACAAAGGAUUUCCUUUACAGCUAAAUUCUGUUCUUUUGAACUUAGGAUCCUGAAAAAAAAAAAAAUGUAGUGCAGUUUCAUCAAAAGUAUUAAGCAGCACAAUGAUUUCUGAAGGAUUAUGUGACACUGAAGACUGGAGAAAUGGCUACUGAAAAUUCACCUUAUCACAAGAAUAAAUUACUUUAUAUGCUCGUCUUGCUGAGCAUAGGAGACUUUCAAAAAUAUUGGAAAAACAUACUAACCCCUAACAUACUAAAUUUUGAAUGGCAGUGUAUAUGAAAAAAAACCUUUUAAUUUAAAAGCUCAAACUUGCUUAAAUGGGUCCUCGCCAUACCCCAACAUUUAAGGGUGCGUACUUUGCAAAUAAAAUAUACCACCGACUUAGUAUUUUAUUGCAUAUUCUGAACCAAGAGGUAAUUUAGCAGCAUGGUUUGUUUCAGCUUUGGUUGCAUAUGGUCAAGAAGUAUUGGCCUGUGUUAACCCUACCUCAGGAGGGCGUCAUGAUAAACAUGCAUGCUGAUUGGUCGUAUUUGGAGAAUAUUUGCUUCUAUACUGAAUCGUAAUUUCUGACACAGACCAAAAAAAAAAAGACGUACUAGAUCAGAAAACUUUUUAUUCUCUCCUCACUGCUAUUUGUGGAGAGAUUAUAAAAAAAAUUGGAUUAAGUUCCUCACUAAUCUGACCUCCUUUCUAUUUUGGUUUAAUGAAACAUACAUCAUUUUAUACCUUCAAGAAUGGGUCGCUCAAUGUAUUCUAUUCACCAUUGUGCUUGGGUGCUAAAUUCCUGCAUUUUCUCUCUAUGCUUAGUCUUUCAGUUAAAGCAUUCAAAUAGUAUUAUCUUAAAUGCAUUGCGCCAAACAUGAUUACGGAUUGGUGGCUUGAUUUUGCCAUUAUUUUUAAAUUAAGUUCCGUAUUUAAUGUGACGUAAUUUAAUAAACCAAUCUAACAGAAAUUCUUAAAUCAUUGGGAAGCUGAUCUCAGAUCAGCAUAAAGGUAAUUCUGCCAACAUCUCUAAGAUCCAGUAUACUAUUGUCAGUUUUAUUCGUUGUCUUCCUUGAGGACAUGGUAUAUCUAGGGUAGUAAGUCUGAUAUGAUCUCUUUGCCACUACAAAAUUCCAUUUUUUACAACAUUGUGCUGCAUCGGGGUAAAUGGAUUGUCUCCCAAAAAGUGAGAAAUAAAAGCAAGCAUAGCUUUAAUUCA